AUGCUGUCUGCUAGCCGGGCGGGUUGUUGUGGUUGAUUUGUUGUGUGUCACGGUUUCAGAUUAUUUUGAAAAUCUUAUUUAAUUUCGUUACUCCAAAAAAUAAAAAUGGCUUUGUUUGGUGAAGUGGUGGAACCUGUUUCACGCUCGUUAUACGUUGAUGAAAGCAGUGACGAGGAAGAUGCACAGGAAGAAUCACUUGCGAAGACAGGGACUAUUCAGUGGGUAGAUGAGGCUUCCUCAAGCAUUGAUACGUUGCUUAUCUUUCAUGGUCGAUUGGCUGCCGAUUUUCUUCUCAAGAUCUUGCAUGGAACCAAGUCUACUAAAGCUGGUCACUUGAAAGAGAGGUUGUUUGGGAAACCAUCAAAGGAACCAAAUAUUCUCCUGUACAAAUUAUCUAACAAUAUUUACGGUUGCUUAUGUCCAUCAAUAGAUAUUGCUUCCUCCAAUGGAGCCUUAGAUAAGCUCAUUCCUGUUUUUAACUCAUGUAAGCAAUUGGUCAUUAUCGCCACUGUACCUGCACCUUUCUACAAAGGCAAUGAUCCUACACUAGACCUACCUCCAGCAUUUAUGAGAAUGCUCUACACAUCUACCUGUGACAGUCAUCAUGCCGUUGCUCCUCUAUUGGAGCCUCCAAACAUGGUGUCAGGCAUUCCUGCUUCUAUUUUGAAUUGGUGUGAAAUAUUCAAGAAACCAGGCUGCCUUUUUGUCUGCUACAGUGAUUCACAUCAUCUUGAUUCCAUUUCAGCAGAGCCCAUGGUAACUAUUUGCUCCAAUGUAUUUGAAGGAUUGUUUGAACCCCAAGUUUUAACAUUCCAAUCAGCUGCGCAUGAACCAACCUCAAACCUUUACAUGUGAUUUUCUGCUUAUUAUAAGCAAAUUGUAAGUGUUUUUCUUUUUUUAAAUAUAAAAAAAAUAGUUACGGUAAAA